AUGAGUACCAUGAACGAUACCAAAGCUGCGCUCGCCGACAGCGAUGGGCCUACCAACGAUGACCCGGUCAAUAAAACCGGUACAUUUGUUGGUGACCAUCAAGCAACCGGCCAGCCAUUUGGCGUCGACGAAGAGGUUGGGCAGCUGCAGCUUCACCGCAAUCUAAAGGGCAGGCACAUGCAGAUGAUCGCCAUUGGCGGUGCAAUUGGUGCUGGUCUGUUCGUCGGCUCUGGCGGCGCUUUCCAGAAUGGCGGCCCUGCUUCCGUGUUUCUUGGUUUCCUCAUCGUUGGUGUCAUGGUAUACCUUAUGAUGCAGGCCGUCGCGGAAUUGACCGUCAUGUAUCCGAUUAACGGCGCCUUCACCAUGUACAUCUGUCGCUUCGUUGAUCCCUCCUUCGGGUGGGCGUGCGGCAUAGAGUACGCCAUCAGCUGGCUGACUGUCCUUCCCUUUGAAGUCUCAGCUGCUUGCAAUAUUAUCCACUACUGGCCGGGGUCCGAGGGUAUCAAUAACUCUGCCUGGAUUGUUCCGCUGCUUGUCGCCUUGGUGGUCAUUCAAUUCUUUGGUGUGAGGGGCUACGGCGAGGCAAGUUCAACCCACCGAGGACGUCCUCAAGUCGAAUUCGUCCUCAGCGCUAUGAAGGUCACCGCCUGCACCGGUUUCAUCAUCCUGGGCAUAAUCAUCAACUGCGGCGGCGUGCCGACCGACGACAGAGGCUACAUUGGCGGACGAUACUGGCACGACCCUUACCCCGCAUUCCUCAAUGGCUUUCAAGGCUUCUGUAGCGUCUUCGUCACUGCGGCGUUCGCCUACACCGGCACCGAGCUGACUGGGCUGGCUGCUGCGGAAACGGUCGAUCCAAAGAAGGAGAUCCCGAGGGCUUCGAAGCAGGUCGCGUGGCGUAUCGGCAUCUUCUACGUCGUCAAUCUUCUCCUUGUUGGUCUCAUCGUACCGGCAAACAGCCCCUUGUAUCAGGGCGAGGGUUCCGAAUCGCGUCGCUCGCCUUUUGUCAUUGCAAUUCAGCUUGCUGGCAUCAAGGUCCUGCCGUCGAUUUUCAAUACUGUCAUCUUGAUCGCCGUCAUGAGCGUUGCCAACUCCUGCACCUUUGGCUCGACUCGAACACUUCAGGCUCUCGCUGCGAACGGAAUGUUUCCCAAGUUCAUGGCCUAUAUUGAUAAAAAGGGACGUCCUGUACCUGUGGUCAUUCUGCAGCUUCUCUUCGGGCUGUUGGCCUUUAUUAACCUGGCAGAGAAUGGCGGGACGGUCUUUAACUGGCUCCUGUCGUUGUCGGGCCUCACCAUCCUCUUUGUCUACGGCGGUAUCGCUCUGGCUCAUAUCCGCUUCCGCAAGGCCUGGGCCGCGCACGGCCAUACAUUGGACGAGCUUCCCUACAAAGCCUCGUUCGGCGUCUGGGGCUCAUGGGUGUGCUUCAUCAUCUGCGCUCUUGCUCUGAUUGCCCAGUUCUACGUCGCACUGUAUCCCGUCGGCGGCCCUAACCUGGAUGCCAGCACCUUUUUCCAGCUCUACCUCGCUGGUCCACUGCUCAUAUUCCUAUACGCGGUUUGGAAAGUCUAUAGCUGGUUCUUUGAGCGUGACCACAGCCCGCUGUUUAUCAGAUCAAAGGACAUUGAUAUCUACACGGGCAUGAGAGAGCAGCAGCAACACAUCAGUGGCCCAGGCCUCUCGGCCGAGCAGAGACGCGCUGCCAUCGCCGAGACGUAUGAGGAAAAGGAGAAGAGAAGUGUUGGGGCUUAUUUCAAGGAUGCUAUUAGAAGCAUCAUUUAA